GACUGUUACUCUGAAGAACAUCACCAAAUGAACCACAGUGCACUGUAUAAGACUGCAAGUCUGGGACAAAGUCUGAAUAUUGAAAACACUCAAAGGGGCAGAAGAGGACCCAAAAAGGCUGCAUCAUCUAUUCAUUUGCCAAGCAAAGGCAUUCUGAAAAACAAGGAUGAGGGCCAGAAAGCAGGAAACUUCAGGAAGGCUAGGUCUUUGGAAGUGCUCUCCACCAGGGUGCAAGUCAAAGAAACAUCCAAGCAAAGCUCCAUGGAAGCAGCGAGGAACAGCUUUGUGAAAGGGAAGCUUCAGUUCUCUGCAUUUCUGAAUGAGAUCACCAAACAGGUUAUCAGUCCCUCCACACUUAACUCUCUUGGUGUCACCACACAGACACCACAAAAAUCUCCAAAUGAAGAAUGCAAGCAGUACAGUUCCAGGCAAAAGCGGGACAGUGUCAUGCCGCAACGUAAACAGCAGUCCAUUAGAGCUAAGAAACCUGAUUCAGGAAAGACUGGUUCUGAUUUCAGCUCACACCCACGACUCAAGAAAUCGCAUCCAGGCCAACACCAAACCCAAAACUUUAGCAGUCCUCCUGCCCCACCUUCUAAAACUGAAAGACAAGGGGCUACUUCAGACAACCAGCACCACAGGCAAUAUUCUCAGCUGCUCACUGAUGGUACCAGCACCAGCCUGGAGCCUAUCCAGAGACACCUCUCUAAACACAAAGGACGUCAUCAAAGCAGUCAUGGCCCAUCCAGGCAUUUACAUACUAAGCAGGAGCACAAGGGUUCCUCUCCUCCUCUCAGAGCCACUGGGUUGGAUUCAGAGUUCCCAUCAUGCAAGUCAUCCACCAGUCCCAGCGCAGAGAAAAGUGAGAGACCCAAACACACAGAACACCGGAGGCACUCUGAGCCACAUAAAGAUCCAGUCAGCGCUGUGAACAAAGUUCAUCUGCUGGAGCACUACAACAAAGAGCUGCAUGAGAACCUGUUGCAGACUGUGGCAUGCAUUGAGAACAUGGAGACCGAAUUGCAGUGUGCCAAGGCGGAGUUGGCCAACUUCAAAGAGAAAUACAGGAGGCUUCAGGAGAGCUACUCUGUUUCACAGCAGACAAAUAGUGUUCUGGAGCAGAAACUCAAAUCUAUGGUAGACAGCUUGGACUCAGAAAGGAAGUUCAUCAUGCAGAGAGUUGUGGAUCUGACUAAACAGCUGGAGACUGCAGAGAAGACCAUCAACUCUCUAGAAAGCAUCAAUGUUCCCUCGUUGAUUAGAGAGUUGUUGAAAAAGCAUGUUGACUCUCAGGAAGCAAUGGAACACUUCUUGUAUCCCCAAACAUCCCCAGUCCAAUCUAACAGUGGCCUAUCAAGGGCUCAAGACAACCCAUCUUCUGUUGGAAAGGGGAAAGAAAGAGUCUUUGAAUGGGCACAGACUGGACAAAAAUGCUCUGAUGCCAGUCAACAGCCUGCUACAGCCUUUUUGCCAUGGAAACAUAAUCAUGAUCUGUGCUCAGGGCCAGAGCUGCUUGAGGUUAAAGGAAGUGACUCACAACUUCCCUUCUCUCUUACUCCAGAUUAUACACUGAUCUACAAAACAAUGGCAGAUGCAAAGGGUCCAAGGCAUGAAGUGCAUCCAUCAGGCAUCAAUGCAGAUAUUCACAUUGCUGCCAAGCCAACCUACAGUUGUGUUGAUAUUCCUCCAAAUCCAUAUAACCUAGACGACAUGGAGCUCAAUAUACCGACAGGUGGUGAGACAAGAAGAGAGGCUAUUGUCACAGUGGGGAAAGACCCCAAUGUUGCCACCUAUCGUACAGCGCAGAGGAUGCUGGAUAAUUUGUUGAGCCAGAUUCCUCCACCCCCAACAUAUGAUGGAGAGGGGACACAGUCAGGAACUGGGGUCAGGGAACUAGCGGAAGGACAUUAAUGACAUUAAAUUUGAGGUCUUUUCCAGUUAACUGUAAAAUAACUGGUUUAAAUUUAGCGUUAGGGUUAGACUUGGUGAAUCUAUAUAAUUGUGUGCACACCAUUGGAUUUUGUACCAUACCUGAUUUUCCCGGUGUCCUGAUUUAAUUUGUACCGGAGACUAUUUAGCAGAGACGGGCCACUUCUAUUAAUUUGAAUGUGAGAAACUGGAACGCCCAAUGGUCAGCGGAUGUAGAAAGGAAAUCUCGCCUUAAAGUUAAAAGAGCCAAUCGCAUUUUAGAUACAGAAAUCGCCUGUCAAUCAACUCGAGAAAGUGCGUUUGCACGAAUUAUUUUUUUAUUAGUGCAAUCUGAGGUAAAGAAGCACAAUUUAUGAUACCAGUGUUGUCCGAUUUUACUGCUGAUUUGAAAUAUGUCCUUUGAUUGUAAUCUUGACCAACCGUUUUGGAAAUGUAUGUCUUUUCCCAUUCAAGUAGAUAGGAACUGCACUUUCAUGACUGGAAAUAGCUUCCCGGAAGCAUUCCAAAGAUGGCGGCCAGUGUACUGACUUGCUAUAAAGACUUUGUUUGUACCCAGAGGAAAUUGUUAUUGCUCAUAGUUCACACGAGAAAUAUACCUGUUGCUUGCUAAUGUUCAUGUUCUCUGAAAUCAACCCCAUUCUGCGGAAUUAUUGACAAGCGCCAUCUGCCAUCAGAUAUUUUUGCAUUAAUUCAAUUGUCAUAAAUUCUCCCUCUGGCGCUAAUGAUCAAGAAACAAAGAAACCAGGAAGUUAUCACUAUCACAUAAACAAUGGUAUACAGCAGUUCAAAUUACAUGUCAACUCUACUGACGGUUUGGUUUAGGGUUGGACUUGGGUUAGUUAAUUUACAUUUUGAAGGAGGAGGAAAAACGAUGAAUUUGCGUUUGUGUUCGCAACAUUUCCCUGAAUUGAGAUACCAGAUACCUCUGAAGUUUAUUUCGAUUUUUUAUAGCAGACAUCUUGGGAUGUACAGCAUAAGUGUUUUUUCACUUUAAAUUUAGUGUAUUGUGAUUCAAAAUGUUAAAAUAUUGUGAUCAUUUACUCACUCGUUUCCCACCCGGAAAAUGCCCGAUAUGCCAGAUUACAUUUCCAGCCCUGUUUACAACUAAAAAUACAACUCGCUUUUGGCAUCUGGCCACUGGGGGUAGUGGUUCAAAGUUUGGUAAACACAGACCGAUUUUAGCAGCAGAACAUUUUACUACUACUACUGAAACUGAAUUUACAGUACAUUCAGUCUGCAGAGUAUGCUCUUUGAAAAUACAGGAUGGCUCAGUGUUGUCUGAAAUGUUUCUCCUAAAAUUGUUUAGAAAUAAAAAGAGACACAAAUGAAUUUUUUUUUUAACAUAGAGUAUAGAGCUUUAAAACUAAUGUGGCUAGCAUAGCUCUGAUAGUGAUGAGAAAUUAGUUAAUAUUGAAAAAAUAAAGUUGUCAACUCUGGGCACAGUUUGUGAUAUUUCUGGGAUCUUUUCUCAGGAGAAAAAUCUGAAAAACAGGAGACUUAAAGGUGCAUUUAAUAGUAUGUUGCAGUGGCUUACAUUGGCUUACACUCACACCUAAUGGCUUGGAUACGGCAUCAUUCAAACACAAUCGAUUUCAGAUGCCAUUGUAGAAAUUCAAUAUGCACAGAAAACCAUGAUUAUUUUAAUCCAUGAAUGAAUGUGUUAAAUAACAUGACAGUUACUGAGAAUAAGCGAGUAGUAUUCGUCUGGUCAUGUGAUUCUAAAGUGGCAGCCCCCAUGAGGCGCCCAAGCUCCAUGUAGAAUAAAACAGCUUUUAUAAGGUUACUGAUAUGACUGAAAUCUCACAUGAAUGGUCAUGAUUUUAUAUAUGCGUUUCAAAAUUCAUAUUAAUUUAUUUAGGAGUAAAUUCUUUUAUAUGAGGAAAAAAAUGUACUAAGUGCACCUUUAAGCAAAAGUCUCCAUUUAAUCUCCAUUUAAACUCAUUGCUUCCUACGGGCUGAAAUAUUAUUAUUAUUUUUUUAUUAUUUGUUUCUGAGUAGUUUAAUGCAUAUGGAACAAAGUAUACUUUAUAUUUGUGUGACUGAAAGAUAUAUUGAUAUACCUGUUUGCACUUUUCCUCACAAAGUAUAAUAUUAAAUCUUAACUCACAUAAUUCAAAUGGUAUUGGUGUUAAUGUUGUUUACUGUUUAUAAUCUUCUGAGUUAAAGUGAUACAUUUGAUCUCUUACUUUUUAUGUUUGACAGGCUUAUUUGUGCUUAUAAAAAUAAAAAUAAAACUUGAAAUGUAAAUUCAUAAUGAUAAUAAAUUAUUGUAAAUUAUUACUCCUAAUCACUGCAUUCUGGUUCCAUUUGUUGU